AUGGAGAUUAUUCCACUAACGGGAUCUGGAAACGCGUGCAUUCAACUGGGGCUCGGCGUUGGGGGAGCAAGCGCGAGCUUCUAUCAGCGGCUCGGAUCCGGAACCGGCCGGCUCGUCGCUGCGGCUGUAGCGGCGUCGACUCGCGCAGCAGGCCCGCUUGUCGCGUCGCACAUUUCCCACCGCGUCGUGUGGCUACAGCCGGCGAAAGGCCUGCUACAGCCGUCCGCUGCGGCUGUCACGCCGGCAGUCGUCGGCCCAGCCGGGCCAGGUUUGGGUGCGCUGCCCGUUGGAGUCGCACGGCUGCAGAUCGCCAUGCGACAGUCUGCGAUCGGCGGACUUUUGUCGCUGAGCGCAGUGGCGUUAGGCGCACUGGGAUGGGCGCGGGCGUGCUCGGCGGAAGAUGAGCGGAGCGGAGCGCGGGCGGGGGAGCAGGGGAACGGUUCACCGGAGGCUUCUGCGCUGCUAGGUCAGAGCGUGGGGAAGGAUGAAGCGGAGGCGGUGGUUUUGCGAGGGGCGUCCGUGGUGGAAGGGCGGAAGCGGCCCCGCGAGACAGAUGGCGGCAGGUGGGUUGAAUCAGCGUCGUGCCAGAAGGUAGGAGUGAAGCAGCAUGAUGCGUCUCCGUCCCCCUCCUCCCACCCACCCUCUUCCCCCCUUUUUCCCAUCUCCCCCCUCCCCCUUGUGCCGCAAGCGUGCGUGGCGACGGCGAGUGUGGGCGCGGAGAGGGGAGUGGUGGUGGAGCCAAAGACGAAACACUCCUUCCCCGUCAUGCUGCGGCAAGAGGGACAGGGCGGCGGGCUGCUGGCAGGGGUGGGCAUCAGAGACACAGUCAUUGCCAGGAUCAAAUCCAUCAAGAUUUAUGCCUUCGGCCUCUACGUGAGUCCGGCCAGCCUGGGGGGAGACGAGCAUUUGAAGGCCAAGUAUGGCGCCAUGCCCCUGGACGAGCUUCGUGUCAGCCAGGAGUUUUACGACGACCUGCUCAGUCGUGACAUCGGCAUGACGGUGCGCCUCGUGCUGCACUACAGAGGGCUCAACAUGAAGAUGGUGCGCAAUGCGCUCAACACAUCCCUCUCCAAUCGCCUCACUAAGCUGUUGGGCCAUGCAGACGAUCCAGGCUUCCACACUCUCAACGAGUACCUCUCUCAGCCACACCAAGUCAAGAGGGGCACCACCAUCGACUUCACCUGGCAGCCAGGAGGAACACUGCUCACUGAGAUUGACGGCAGGUGCAUGGAUCCCAUUGUCAGAGCCCAUCUAUGCAGUGAGUCCGCUUUAAUCACUUUAGUCCUCUCCCGCCCUCCCCCGUCCAUCUCUCGCCCCUCCCUUCCCCACCGCCCUAUCCCCUCCAGUUGA